UACUAUACGACACGAAGCAGACGAAGCAAGCACACACCAUUUACAAACGGACAUCUGGAUACAACUCGGGAGGCAACUUGUUUUUGAUGUGAAUGAAAGUAAGCCACAUCAAAGUUGUUAUUCUAUUGAGAGUAUUCAAUCGAACAUGGACAAAAAACAAGGCGGCAAAUGGAAGUACGAUUUUGAAGUAGGAUUGCAAGAACUAGAUGUGUCUCCUUUGUAUCGGUUUCUUACCACGGACGCUUUUGAAAUACGUUCGAUUACUCGUUACGAUGUGAAGGUUAGAACUCCGUCAAAUCGAGUGCGUCGCUUCCAAGUGCGGAUACCCGAAGACCAGAAUGCUGGCGCAGGCACGAACACUGUAGGCGUCGAUCGUUCGCAGACAACAUCUCUUGACGAUGUCGAGACGGUUGUCUUUUUUUCAUAUGACAACAGAUUGCUAGCAGACGUCUCCAUGCCAUAUAGUCCAUUUGACUGUCGCUUAUUCGUCAGAACAGGGAUUACUGACGUUACUGAUCAAAGCAAUAAAGAAAAUAAAGAGGACGAUGUUUUGAACCAAAAUUACUUCGAGAAAAUCGUCAUUGACGGCAAAGACCUAAAACUUCCACCAAAGGAGUUGCUACCUUUUGGAUACCGGUUACUAGACUACAGGAAAUGUGAGCAACAAACUUAUCGAUAUCGAAGUUUCGAGUUGACUGUUACAAAACAAAAGGUAAUAUAUGGUAAAGAUGAGAAGAGUCCGGAUAAACUUGAUGUUCACAUUUACGGUCUUGAAUGUGAUUCUGUACUACAACAAAAUAAAAGGCGAGACUGGAAACCUGAAGAUGUUCUUCCAUUCAUUCGAGAAAUGUUGAAUUGCGCAAAGAAAAUCAGUUACAGUUUCUUGUAGAAAAGAAGGCCUACUUGAACAACUACUUUGUCUACAUGGGAAAGUAUUAUGAUGUUCUAGUUUGUCGGCAUGCAUUGAAGUGUGAAGGUUAAAUUUUGUUGAGCUGAA